GUUGUGUGAUAAUCUUUUUAAAGAAUGUUGACAACGCCCUCCACAGGCUUGUAGUAGGUCAACUUGUUGUGUAUAUGGAUUGGGACCUGGAUGCGCAUGCGAGCCAACCCACGCUUCAACGUGCUUCUCUUCAUCUUCUGUUUCUAUCCUAGCACCCACUGUGAUCGGCUGGAGAAGUGUUUUAUUUGUGUACCAGAAGAUUAGUUAGAAUCGGACGGCAUAUUCAGAUUUUGGAGUUAACAAUAAUCCCACCGACACUCCAAUCUCCAAAUCUCCACGUCCCUGAACCAGUUCUCAAGAUCUGCACCUGCAAUUAUCCACAUUCAUGCCUGCAACUCGAUGAUCUUCUCUACUCGAUCUGCCAAAUUCAACCCACUCCUUCGCUUUCGCUUCCGCAAUCUCCCUUUGUGAUCGUCUUUCGGAGUUUUGAGUCUUUUUUAUACAUAACGAUGGCUGACAUGGAUGUGCUCGCCGACUUCUCUGAGGUUAACGAGAAAUGUACCUUGGAUAUGAGUACCUACGAGAAUUUGCCUAAAGCCUGCAAUGCAGAACCCCUUGACUGUGCUACUGCAAUUCCUAAGGAUGAUACCGACGGUUCUUACGUUUUCGUUAGCUCCAACGAUGCUGCAACUUCCGAUGAUCACGUUGCUUCCGAUGUCAAUGGGCAAGCAAAGUGUUCCCAGAAUGUUGAUACGGAGAUUAAGGUUCGUGAUGGGGAAUUGAGUACUGACGACGAUAGAAAACCUGAAUCGAUUUUCGUUUCUGAUGCACUGGGGGAUUCCCAAUUCAAUUUUUCUGAUCAUGUGAAUAAGAGUGACGCAAUUCUGGAUGAGAUCAGAGUGGCGGAUGUCCUUCAAUCUUCUGACGCCAAGGAGGAUGAAGCGGAACCUCAACUGAAUUUUUCUCCAACGGUGGAAGAAACUCGAAUCCCGGAGGGCCAGGCUACCAACGAACCUUUUGAUGCAGUGACAAAUUCCGGCGAAAUCCAUGGGGUAGAGUCUCCUCAUGAAACUGAAGACAUUCACAUUCAGGAGGAAAAUCAAAUAAUUUCUACCCCUGGAUCUUCUAACCCCGAUUCAAAUCGUAGUGGAGAAGUCAAGGUGGAGUCUUCUCAAAUGGCGGAAGAUAUUCAAAUUCAUGAGGAUAAUGGAAUAGUGGGAAUCAUGAAGUCUUCUGAUACCGAAGAAAAUCCUGUGAUAGACAUUGAGGCGGAGUCUUCUCAGAAAGCAGACAGUAUCCAGAUUCACAAGGAAAAUGGAACGGUUGCAAUCAUGCUUUCUGAUACUGAGUCAAACCCUGGGGAAGAAACCGAGGUAGAGUCAUCUCUAAAGGCAGACGACACUCAGAAUCACGAGGAAAAUGGCAUAGUGAAAGCCUUUGAUUUGUCUAAUACCGAGGCAAAUCCUAGGUCAGAACUCGAGGAGGAAUCUUCUCGGGAGGUGGAGGACAUUGAGCUUAGGGGGCAAAAUGAAAUAGUCGACACCAACACAUCGUCUGCUUCCAUGGAAAAGCGUGGGGAAGAAGGGGAAGUAAUUCCCGAGGAUAAUGAAACAGUGGUUAUCAAUGAAUUGUCUGAUACCAUACCUAACCGCAGUGAAGAAACUGAGAUGGAAUCUUUUGAGAGAGAGGAAAGCAUUCGAGAAUCACAAGAUGCCACGAUGGAGGCUGCUGACUGCCAUUGUGUUAAUGUUCAAGAGAAGGUUGAUGAGAUGGUAAGUAAAGCUGUGGUAAGCGAUUCUGUAGGAGGAAUAGGAGAAUCUCAAAUUAUAAGUUUGGGUGCUGCUAAAUCCGAGGUAGAUCAUCUUGAUGAUUCCGUGGAAGACGUUAAAGGGGAAUGUAAACAAGGGGUUGCAUUGAAUGAAGAGAACCCUGAGAGCACUCAAAUUACAAUUAGUCAGGAUGGCGAACGUUUCCAGGUUGCUGGUGAGGAACAAGAAAGUUUAAAUAAUGAACUUUCUCUUUUAGAGCCCUCAGAAGAAAACAAAGCGGACAUGGAGCAGGAUUUGGAAGCAACUCCUAGUCCAUUGGUCUGUCCAGAAGACAUAAAUGGUUCUAUGCCCAUUAGGACGGAUGAUGGCUUGCCAACUAGUAUGGAUCAAGAUGACCCCUUGGAGGCUAUUGAUGACAAAGACACUAUAGUUAACAGGACCAGCUUCCAUGACCUUACUGAAUCCUCACCUGGCUCUGUAGAUUAUGAUAUUGCUACUGAUGAAACUCAUAUAUUAUCUCCUACGAUGUUUAUUAGUGAUCCAAGAGUAGAGUUAAGUGAGAUUACCGUGAAUGAACAAGUGGUGAAUCAUGUGUUCGAACUGGAAGAGAAUUCAGAGACGGUUUCUCAACCUAAGGUGGACGAAUGUAUCAAGGUUGGAGAUUUGGAAUGUACAGUCUCUGGAAAUGAAGAUGAUAUGCCCACUGCACUCGACCAAUCUAGAAUUGCUUGUGGUGACAACUCUGUUGCUGGCAGUCAAUUAAUCCCCGAGGACAUUGAGCGAGUGGAAAGCAUUGAAACAGCAGUAUCUAUUGUUGUGAUAGGAAAUACUAAGAUUGAAAUAAGGGAAACGCCUUCUGUGAACUGUCUUAAUGAUCCAUUUCUGAGAUCCGAUCUUCACGUUGAGCAUUAUACAAUGUCUGAAAAUGUGGCCUCUGCUGGUGAUGAUGUCCUACCGGAUCAGGAAGUCAGUGAAAAUCGUGAGGAUGACCUUCUUGGUGACUCUAAUUUUGAGAUCAUGUGUGAGAACGGUCACAUCGAAAAAGACGACCAAUCAACUUUCCACAGUAAUGAUAUGAGAUCAAAAUCUAAGGAUUGUACUUCAAUUGAAAGUGAAGAGAGAGGUUCCACUGUUCCUGAAGUUUUUAAUGGUGUCGUUAAAUCUCCUGCAAUUCCACAAAGUUCUGCUGUUGAAACAGACUCGGAAUCGCAUGAUAACAAAAGCAGCUCAAGUCUAACUGCUAACGAGAAUUCAGUGGAUGACAUCGAGAUUACAUCUUCCAUGGGAGGUGGUAGCAGAACUAUACCUGGCGAUGAUUGCAGUAUGUCAAAAACUGAAGUUCUCAAGCGUUCCAUGAUAAAAGAUGAAGGGAAUCUGAACUCAAUCUCUGAUGUUGUCUUUGAAACUGACGGUAAGCUGACGAAAGAUGAAACUGAGGUCAUUCAUGAGGAUUGCCAGAAUGAACCUUCACCUGUUUCUCCAGAAGGUUCUGCUGAUGCUUUAACGGGGCAAAAUGUAGGGGCUGAGGCAGGAACAAGGCCGUUUAACUUUUUGGUUAAGGUACCUAGAUUUGAUGAUCAAAAUAUAAGAGAGCAGAUUAAGUGUGCUCAGACAGAAGUUGAUCGGAAGACCAAGGAUCGAGAUGCCAUUCGGGUUCAAAUACAGACAAUGAGGGCUGCAUGUAAAGCGUUGAGUGAUAAUCUUGAAGCAGCAAUGUCGGAAGGAAGAGCUGCAAGAGACUUGCUGAAGUCAAAAAGACUGGAGAUAGACUCUGUUCAGUCAGUGAUAACAAAAGUGAAGAAUGCAAUGUCCGUUGAGGAUAUCGAUGGCAGGAUACGCAACACUGAACACAUGAUAGAGCAUGAAACGCUGCCACUAAAAGAGGAAAAGCAAUUACUUCGUGAAAUCAAGCAAUUGAAGCAGCAGCGGGAACAGCUUUCAUCAACUAUGGGUAAGCAGGAAGAGCUUCAACAGGCACUGGACCAGAGGGACCAGAUUGAAGAGCGCCUAAAGCUAUUAAGAAAGGAGAUGGAUUUACUGAGGGGCAAUGUUUUGAAAGCCGAAUCAGUAAUAAAGGUUGCUAAGAAGAAAUAUAAUGACGAAAGCAUAAAGCUGGACGAGUUGCAAUCCCAGUUUAAAGCAGCCGAUGAGAUUCGCCAAGAAGCAUAUGCUAAUUUACAGAGUACGAGGAAGCAAUUGUCUGAGAAGAACAAAUACUGCUGGAAUUAUCGGAAGGACGCAAAGGAAGCCAAUGAAAUAGCAUUGAGUGGAGAUCUAGAGAGACUGCAACGUUUGUGUGUUAAUCAGGUAGAGCGCAUGAUGGAACUGUGGAACACAAAUGCCGAGUUCAGGGAAGAAUAUAUUAAGAGCAACAUGAGGAGUACCCUGUGGCGACUAAAGACGUUGGAUGGCCGCUCCCUUGGCCCCAAUGAAGAGCCGCAUGUACCGAACCAUAUUGUAAAGGAGAGACCAGCGAAGGACAAUUCUCUUUUAACGGUUUCAACAAUGCAGGAAACAGAAAAAUUGAUACCCGCUGCUGAUGCUGAUGAUGCGAGAGACAAUGACAAAUCAGUGACGAAAGUAGCCGAAACGAAGAAUCGAACGACAAAAAAGAAGCCGGAAACAGUUGUGGCCUUAGAGAGUGGCCCCAGAAGUAUCUCUAGCGAGAAUGAGGUAGAAGAGCCACCGCGACCAGUGGAGAUUAAGCGAACAAGAGAGGAAGAGGAGCUGGCGGCGAAAGCAGAAGAGUUGAGAAAGGAAGAGGAAGCAAUCAAGUUGAAGGAGCGACGUAAGUUGGAAGAGAAGGCCAAAGCCAAAGAGGCGUUGGAGAGGAAAAGAAGAAAUGCUGAGAAAGCUCAGGCCAGGGCGGCAAUUAAAGAACGGAAAGAGGCGGAAGAGAGAGAGAAGCUAAGGGAGAAAAGAGCAAAGAAGAAGGAAAGGAAGCUGGCAGCUGGGACGGAAGCUGGGAAUGGUCGGGAUGAAAUGGAAUGUGCUAUAGUCACCAAGACCCCAGCAGCAGAAGGUCCGAAGGAGGAGUCCGAAAACAGAGGUAAACAGGGGACAGCAGCGAAGAGGCGGCCUAAAAAAGCAUCGCAGUACACAAAGCAGAGCAAGACAAAGUCAAUGCCUCCGCCACUUCGAAACCGGGGUAAGAGGAGGAUGCAACCAUGGAUGUGGAUUCUUCUGACAACCCUGGUUGUAUUGGCGCUGUUCUUUGUCGGACAACAACAGCUUCUCUACUAGAUCUUCUUGGUUCGGUUUCCAAAUUUAGAAUGCAAUUCAAUUUUAUAUAGUUAUAGAGUGGCACACAAUUAGUUGGUGAAGGAAGGAUAUACGAUAUAGAUAGAUAGAUAUGGUAGGCUAAUUCUUUGGUUCUAUUUUCAAGAUUCAUCUCUCUACCCUUGAGAAUUAUUAACAGAAUGAAGUAUUUCCAUUACUAAGUAGUAUUUCAUUAUC